AUUCCUUUUCUCUCCCUUCAACUUACCCACUACUGCUGCGCCGCUACUGCACCUCGUGGAUGAUUCUCAUAACGUAUACCGCACUUUCUCCAGAAUCCUUUGAAUGCACCCCUCCACCCUGGCAAAAAAAGAAAUAAAUACCAGGCUAAAAAAGCAUAAAACCUGUUUUGUUUGCCCAACUGGUGGGUGACGCCAUUGUAUUUUUUUUCUUUUCUUUUAUUCUUCUACACUUUUCCCUGUCGAUCUGCACCUCCAAUGCGCUUUGCUUUAUAAGCCUCGUGGUGAACUGCUGAAACCGCCCUUUCUACAAUAAAAAGAAAGAACGAAGUCUUCCCAGCCAUGGCGAUGGAGAAGCAGGAUCAUCAAGUGGUUGCUGGCCAGCACCCGACACCCAUGAAAUUUUCCCGUUACCGUUCCGUGAGAAAAGCCGCGGCGAAACAGCCACCACCACCACUACCGCAAUCCUGCCCCCUGCCCCCGCCGCUGCCCAUCCCGCCUGUCGCUUCCGCGCCGCCGUCGCAUGACCGGCCAGCACUCCCCAAUGGCUCCAGCAAUGGCUCCAGCUCCGUUCAGAGGAGCAUGUCGCGAUACCGUCGCAGGGCUCCUACUGCGCAAUCUGCCGAUGCCGAUACACAACCUCCCGUCCCAGCCCCUCCCCCGGCGUAUAAAGCGCAAGUCGACCCCAGUGCCAAUGGAGGUCCUGUUCACCCACACUUUCAGGACUCAGAGGGCGCCGAGAUGGUGCGAAUGCGAAACAAGCUGGCGAGCAAAUUGGCCGCGCGAGAGAAGCGGCACCAGGAAAAACCGGAGGAUGAUGAGGCGGAGCGCGAAAGACACCGACAGAAUGCGAUGGAUCGGCUGACCGGCGGCGAAGCGAAGUCAGUGUCUACAACUCAUUCAAAACCUGCGUCGCGCGAUAGAUCAGCCGACAAAGCUGAGGAGUAUGCGGUUCGUCGUCCCCAUAAGGAAUCGGAGCAUCGGAAACCCCAGACUGGAUCCGCUUCGGCGAGUCGUCGCGCGAGCAUGGAACCGAGGCGCCAGUCGGUCAGUGAUGCAGCCAACCCAGCGCAUCGCAGAAGUGCGCACGGCGAUGCGUCAGCAGUCCCUGCGAUUGAUACCACGGUGCCUGCUCAGUUCCCAGGGAUUGAUGCGCCGGUAUCGGCUGUCAAUGCGCGCGAGCGGCGGGUGCUGGUUCAAUACCGCAAAUCAUCUGCGCGCAUCUGCAUCACUCCCUCCACAUCUGCUCAAGACAUUGUCGCGACUGCAUUGGAGCAGAUGGAUGCCGGGGUAGACCCAGAAAAGUUCAUCCUGAUGGAGUCGUUCGCGGAGCUGGGGCUGGAACGGCCAUUGCGCCGCUACGAAUACGUACGGGAGGUGCUGAAUUCUUGGACCCACGACGAACAGAACACAUUGAUUGUCGUCCCUGCAGCUAGUCUGGAUGCGCUAACCCUGCUCGAUGCGCGGAACGUGUCACUCGGUCCACCCGCGGAUGUGACCUACUACAUGUACUACUCGCAGCGGCCUCGCAAAUGGGAUAAACGCUACGUGACCCUCCGGUCCGACGGCCAAGUGACCGUCUCCAAGAAGGAGAAUGCCCAAGAUGCAACCAACGCUUGCCACCUUUCUGAUUUCGACAUCUACUCUCCUACCGCCAGCUACCUCGCGAACAAUGUCAAGCCGCCCAAAAAGUUCUGCCAGGCUGUCAAGAGCCAGCAAAAAUCCAACAUGUUCCUCUCGACGGAGAAUUUUGUCCAUUUCUUCUCGACCAACGACCGCGAGACUGCCGAUGGCUGGUACCGGGCCGUCCAAACCUGGCGCAGCUGGUACCUGGUGACGAAGCUGGGGGCAGGCCAGCCGGCGGAAGCAGAAGCCAUGCAGCCGGAUGAGGCCCCAUUCAAGCCCUUGCUGAACCCCUUUGAGGAACCAGCCAACGAGGUGAAACCGUCGCAACCCGCGUUAGAACGCGCCAAAUCCACAAAGACCAAGGAGCUCUUCUCCCACAAGAAGAGCACCCGCGAGCGUGGGCCUCCACCUACAUCGUUCCCCAAGCUUCUCACCGGCGACUCCGACCUCGCUACAGGCUCGUCCUCGGAUGAAGCCCCCUUCUCAGCAUCCGGCCUUCUCGGCCGAACCUACACCAUGCGCCAACGCGCAUUGAAAGAGCGCGAAGAGCAAGAAAAACGAGACAACGAAGAACUCAUCAAACAAGGGCUGAUCGGCACCAUGGGCUCCCGCCACCCCAGCCGUACCAACACCAUGACAUCCAGUCACGGCCCAGACCCCAACCUCAUGCGACGCACGCAAUCCAUGAAAAACAAACCCCUCGUCGACCUAACCCCGGUCUACCAAGAGCCUCCACAACACAUCCGUAAAGGCCGCGGUAUCGCCGUGGAACCAGGGCUGCCCCUAAUCGACGCCGCCACGGGGCCCGAAGCCCCAGGCGGAACUCAAAUACCCUCCGCCACCACCUGGCGAAGACCGCAGGUGCCGCCUGAACCGCCCAUGCCGGAGGUCCGCACCCGCAAUCGGUCCAACACUGCCCGCAGCGUCAACAACCAACAGCGAUACCAUCAUACCGCUCCGACCACGCCAACCGACGGGGAGAAUCUGCGCAGCCAAGACGGCCCGUUCAUCCCUAACAGUUUGUUGGCACGAUCUACACCGCACCAAAAUAUCCAAGGGUCUCCGGUCGGCCAUGGUGUGGCAACGGGGGAUCGCAAUGCCGCGAAACCAAUGUUGGAUAUGUCGCCGGACAACCCGUUCGCAGAGGGGAGUUUGUUACGGGGGUUGUGAGGUUUGGAUGACUACAGCUGUAAGCUGAUUUACGAUUACGAUCGCAUUGGAUUGAGCAGGGCGUUAGUUCUUUGUUUGUUACUCUCGUAUCGUUUGUGUUGGCUUGGCUUACUUUUGUCAUUGGAUUGACACUUCUUUUAUCUCUUCUUCUCUUUUCUUACUUUCUACCCCUAUUCCCACUUUGUUUGUCUGUUCAUGCUUGUUUGCUUGAGUCGGUCACAUGAGGUGGAUUUAACUAUCCCCUUUUGAGCGUGUGCAAUUCAGCAAAAGUAGAGAUACCUUUAAGCUUGGCAUAAGCUAUUUAUUUUUGCCAAUGACAGCGUAUAUCCACAUUCUUUAUCCCACUUG